CAUGUCCUAAUUCAUCGGAUCACAUCACACACAAUAAAUCUUCCUCAUCUUCUUCACGUGCUUUGAUUUUUUUCAUCUUCAUCAUACAAUUUCUCCACUCUCUCUCUGUCUCUCAUUGAGCUCUCCCAUCAUCACCAAUGGCUUCCACCGAAGGUCAGGUCAUCACCUGCAAAGCUGCCGUCUCGUAUGAGCCAAACAAGCCGCUCGUCAUAGAGGAUGUGCAGGUGGCUCCGCCGCAAGCCGGUGAGGUCAGAAUCAAGAUUCUCUUCACUGCUCUGUGCCACACCGAUGCCUACACUUGGAGCGGAAAGGAUCCAGAAGGUCUCUUCCCCUGCAUUCUUGGACACGAGGCCGCUGGCAUUGUGGAGAGUGUCGGUGAAGGUGUAACUGAAGUGAAACCGGGGGAUCAUGUGAUUCCUUGUUACCAGGCGGAAUGCCGGGAGUGCAAGUUCUGCAAGUCAGGAAAGACUAACCUUUGUGGCAAAGUUCGGACUGCAACUGGUGUUGGGGUCAUGAUGAAUGACCGCAAGAGCCGAUUCUCGGUAAAUGGAAAGCCCAUAUACCAUUUCAUGGGGACCUCUACGUUUAGCCAGUACACUGUUGUCCAUGACGUCAGUGUUGCAAAGAUUGAUCCCAAAGCUCCUUUGGAGAAAGUGUGUCUUCUUGGUUGUGGUGUUCCCACAGGCUUGGGAGCAGUGUGGAACACAGCAAAAGUAGAACCAGGAUCUAUUGUUGCUGUCUUCGGUCUUGGAACUGUCGGACUUGCUGUUGCUGAGGGUGCUAAAGCCGCAGGUGCAUCAAGAAUAAUUGGCAUUGAUAUUGACAGCAAGAAGUUUGACACAGCAAAAAAUUUUGGAGUGACUGAAUUUAUCAACCCGAAAGACCACGAUAAACCAAUUCAACAGGUUAUUGUUGAUCAUACCGAUGGUGGAGUUGACUACAGCUUUGAAUGUAUUGGAAAUGUCUCUGUGAUGAGGGCUGCCCUGGAAUGUUGUCACAAGGGGUGGGGAACCUCGGUGAUUGUGGGUGUUGCAGCAUCAGGGCAGGAGAUCUCGACCCGUCCAUUCCAGCUUGUGACGGGUCGUGUUUGGAAAGGAACUGCUUUUGGUGGUUUCAAGAGCCGCUCACAAGUGCCAUGGCUCGUCGACAAAUACAUGAAGAAGGAAAUUAAGGUGGAUGAGUACAUAACCCACAAUCUGACUCUUGGGGAGAUCAACAAGGCUUUUGAUCUACUGCAUGAAGGAGGCUGCCUUCGCUGUGUGCUUGCCAUGGAUUGACGCCAAUGAUGAGUCUCCCUUGCCUCAAUGUUGGGUUUGCAAUGGCCUGCUUUUUGUUUCUAGUAUGAGUUGGUAUUCCUGUUUAAACUCCACCAUGAUGAUGUGAUCGGUAACAGCCUUCAGUUACUUUUAUGCCAUGUUGCCUUUCUACUUCCAAUAGGGUGGGAAAUAUUUGUUGAGACUCAAUAUGAGUUGGUUUUACUAUUAAAACUCCUCCAUGGUGAUGUGAUCAUGAACACCAUCAGUUACUUUUAUGCCAUGUUGCCUUUUUACUUCUAUUACUGUGGGAAAAGUAUUUGUUGA